AUGAUCCAGCCCGGCCUGGGACGGAUCAGCCAGCUCCUGAGGAAGGUAGAAUUCCCAUGGAAAUCGAUACACGUUGCCGGAACCAACGGCAAGGGAUCCAUCUGCCAUCAUGCCUCGCAGCUGAUCAAACGUAGAAAGAUCAGGGUUGGCAAAUUCACUUCUCCCCAUCUUGUAGACAGAUGGGACUGCAUCACCAUCAACAAUGAGCCCGUUAGCGAGUUGCUCUUCCGAAAGGUCGAGAGCCAUUACCGGGAACUCAGCCAGAGAGAUGGCAUUCCUGCCUCUCCUUUUGAGAUUUUGACCGCUACUGCGUUCCACAUCUUCAAUGAAGAGGAGAUCAAGAUUGGUGUUAUAGAGGUUGGCAUGGGCGGCAGGGAGGACGCCACCAACAUUCUGAACAACCAAGCAAUUUCCGUCAUAUCAAAAAUCGAUCGUGACCACCAAAAUUUUCUUGGUGAUACUCUAGAAGAGAUCGCACUGCACAAGGCUGGCAUCCUCAGGCCCAACGUGCCUUACAUUAUCAACCCGAGGAACGAGAAAAACGUGCAAGACGUAAUUGACGACUACGCAAAGACCAUCCAAGCAGGCCCACGUCUCACCCACGAACCUUUGGAUUUAAAGAAGAGCUUGUUCAACAAACACGACUGGAAAACCUUUAUGCAUCCUUUAUUACCCGUCCAACGCGAAAAUGUACUUUUGGCUGUUACUGCUGCCAGGCAAGCUGUGGAAAGCGUAGGGCUCGAUUUUCGACCUUUUGAUAUCGGGCGCUCUCUAUUAAAGUCACGGUUGGUUGUCAAUCAUGGCCGCAUGGAAUUGAUUAGAGUGCCAGUCAUUUUUGGAGACAACAAGGACUCGCAGGGCCCGCGGAUAUUAGUCGAUGGAGCUCACAAUCCAAAUGCUGCCAAAUUACUCAAAGAUUAUGUUCGUCUUGUUCACAGUAGGGGCAAGAUACUUGGCGAGGGCUUUCCGGGUAAAAACGGAUGGCCAGUUACCUGGGUGCUUGCCAUGACCGAGGGCAAAGAUGCACACGAGUACCUGAGGAUACUAUUGCAGCCAGGAGACACUGUCAUCACUACGACUUUUGGCCCAGUCGAUGGCAUGCCUUCAGUAAAGCCAAUGGAUCCAAAUCAACUUCUUGAAAUAGCAAAGUCUGUACAACCUGGGGUUAUAGGAAUGGCGAUGCCGAAACAUGGUGCGAUGCGAGCACUGUGUGCAGCGAAGUUCAUCUCAAAAAGACACCGACCUGUAGUGUUGACGGGCAGUCUCUACCUUGUUGGCGACUUCCAUCGUGAAUUCCGAUCGCGGAAUAGCAAACACUACUGGAGAGAUCCAGAGUUCGACCCUGACCGCAGAAUUUUCAAGAUGAUGCUGAAGGAAGAAGAACACCGGGUCAAUAACUGGUUUAGUGGUUAUCCUACAGACAUUGUCAAUAAAACCGGCGCAAAGGAUGAGAAGGGGCAUGCAGAGUGGAACAAGCAGAUUGCUCAUCGGGAAAAGAAGAGAUCUAUCCAAGAAGAAAUAGAGGCCCUCGAUCGAGAAAUGGAGCUGCUUGCAGUAGAGGAGCGGCGUAUCGGGCAUGGUAUCGGGCAUCGACAAUCUUCAGAUGCCGAAACCCUUGGCGAGGAGCACGACGACAAUGCAGCUGAACCUUUCCAGAGAGAUGAGACCACACAUGGAAAAGACCAAACACCAGAGCAGAGUGGAACGUUGAAACUUCGAAGGGUCGUUUGGCCGGGCAGAUCGGUAGUUGGGUAG